UGAGCAUCCGUCACGAUGUGCAGUUAAAACUUUCUUUCAUUUCCUUAUCGCAUCACAUUUCGAUUCAACGUCUGUUUCGUCGUCUGUUUUAUAAUUAGUUUGUAUUAAUUUCAUCGACUGAAGAUAUUUCAGUGAGUAACACACUUUGGAGGAGAGAGGGAGAGAGCUGCUUGUGAUGGACUGCAGGAUAUGUUUUGUCCUGUCUGCAUUCUGGAUGCUGACACACGGUUUGACUUUACAGCCGUGCCACAACGGUUUUGAUCUGACCCUCGGGAGUGUGAACACCAUCACGUGUUCGGAGGUUAAGGACAAUGCUGUCGUCACUUGGAGAUACAGCAUGGGUAAAGACACCACUGGACAUUUGGCUGGCGAGUGCCGAGGGUUUUCAUCGUCGGGAGACAAUUCUUGCGGGUCGGCACUGUUAAAGCCACAGAUCGUUCCCCACAGGGUGUCUCAAGCCAGCAGCACUUUGAAGAUCAACGCCACUGGAAGCUUGGAGCCUGGCUUUGUUUCCUGCGCAACGCCUGGAGAACUGGUCAAGUGUGACUUCGAUGUUGUUUACCCUGCCGAGGGCGUGAGCUGUGAAGCGCAGUUCGUGGUCGACGUCACAAACUUGUUCCUGAGGGGAGCGUGUAACGUCACGAUGAUGAUGUCUUCAAGACACAAGUAUGACUGCCAGUGGUACAGCCUGAAUAAAGAGUCCUCUUUGAGAAAGCAGUUGAUAAACGUUUCCAUGGUGACGAAGCCACUGGCUGACGGUAGCCGCAAGGUGUCUGGGUCCUGUGCCGUAUCCAUGGCAUUUCCAGCGGAGGCUGGCGUGUACACGUUUGGCGUCGUCAUCACGCCAGGACAAGUCGACACACAGGCUGUCUUCAGGGGCUCGCCCAUAGUUCAGCCCCCCGCCGCACCUCGCAUCACCUGUUCUCCAAAGGGUUACCUGCGGGAGGGACAACCUCUGACCUGCUCCUGUUCCUCGACCUCCCUCGGUCUUCCCAGAGGCGUUUUGAAACUAUCCAAAGUCAGCGGUAACCAUGAAGGUUCGAAGUCUGAUGUUCUUCACACAAGUCGAGAUGAUGGGGCUACUCUGCUGAUGGCGCCUUACAACGUCACCAGCGAGGACCACAUGUUAACCUCCUUCCACUGUGACGUCAUGUGGGCGAACGUCGUACCAGGCGACACCUACACGGUGCAAGUGGGAUUUCCUCCGUCUAAACCGACUUUUAAUGUACAAAGUUCUGGAACAUACUCGGUUAAAGAGUUUGAUACCCUGACUAUCCGUUGCGAGUCUGAGGGCAGACCUUUACCUCAAGUACGUCUGAGAAACGACACAACGGUUCUGACAAACGGCUCACGGUCGGCAGUCCUGACUAUCCCUAGAGUGUCUUGCCAAGACACCGGAACAUAUUACUGCGCAGCUGCAAAUGAAGUGGAGGCUGGUUCCGUCACCUCUGAAGCCUUCUUAGGGGUUUACUGUGCUCCUCGGCUACCUGGCAACACCGACCAUCCCUCUUUAAUCAAGUUUUCAGGGCAGAGGGUGCAGCACACAUUUGACGUCAUCGCUUACCCUCCACCACGCCUCCAUGAUAUAACCGUUCUUGACCUCAAAACCGUGAGGUUCAUCGCAGACAAGACUGGAUCAGACCUGAACGUCACCUGCAGUCAUACGAACAUUCGCCCAUAUCUGUCCUCCUGCACGAUGGACAUCAGCAACAUCAGUCUCCCGCUGAAGGCCUCAGCUAUCUACAAGGUUACCCUAGUGAAUGAGCUUGGCCAUGUCGAGCAUUCAGUGAAUAUUGUAAACGUCAUUGCAGACGAUGAAAGCAGAGACACAACAGAACAUUAUUUGAAAGGACUGGGCGUCGGCAUCGGUGUUACCAUCGCCGUGUGUUUAGCUGUCGUUGCCAUGGUAGCAGCGGUACUCGUCGUCCGUCGUGUGCUGGACCCCUUUACUCAAUGCUGCAGGAUACAGAGAGACAGGGACAUCUUCAGCGGUCCUCGUAGAAACAGAAACACGAGAGCUGAGGCUGACGAGGGUUUCGUCACAAAUUUGAGAUCAAACACUCAGUGUGCAAAGCAAGGGUCUUGCAGUGUGGAGGAUGUGUAUGAAGUGACUGAUGGCUACAACAACUACACCAAUAACUCACUAAACGGUAGGCCGGCCAGGCGAGUUCUGGAUGAUGAUGACGGAGAGUACAUUUCAUGUGCUUAGAACCCAGACUGAGGCUGCCAUCGUUUGUAAUGGGGACAUAGUCGAGGUCAUGAAUCACAAAAAUUCCUGACCUGUUAAAGUAUCAACAAGCAGCUGGCUAGAGACACAUCAACACACUGAAAAAUCUACUCAUGUAGCAUUCCAGGGGUUCGGCAUAAGAAAGAAAUAACGAGAUAACGAGAGGAUAACGAGAAUGAUAAAUAGUUUGUCUCUAGCGGUUAUAUAUAACAGUGUAUAUACAUAUAUAGUGUGUGUGAUAUAAAUGUUCAUAAAGAAGCAAAAUAUAAUGUAAAAAAAUAAAAUGUGAUUGGUU